AUGGAGUCUCUCUUCUCCGCCAUGAUUGUCCUGCUCUUGGUUUCCUUUUCUUGUUUCACUUCUUCAGAAGCUCUCGGAAGCAACAUCGGAAACAUCACAAUCAAAUGGGAUCUCAUGACCUGGACGCCUGAUGGCUACGUUGCUGUGGUUACAGCUUACAACUACCAGAAACAACGUUCAAUUACUCGACCAGGAUGGAAAAUGAGCUGGAGAUGGAGCAAGAAAGAAAUGAUAUGGAGCAUGGUUGGUGCACAAGCCACAGAGCAAGGAGAUUGCUCCAUGUUCAAAGAAUUCAUCCCUCAUUCCUGCGUUAGUAAACCAACAGUCGCUGAUUUGCUUCCUAAAACUCCUUACAACCAGCAGAUCGCUAACUGCUGCAAAGGCGGUGUCUUGAAACCCGGUUUAGAAAGCGCAUUCCAGUUAUCCGUUGGUAAUGCUGGUACCUCGGUUAAGACUGCUCGGAUGCCGGUUAACUUCAUGUUCAUGGCACCUAACCAACAGUACACAUGUGGUCCGUCUAAGAACGUUAGACCGACGAGGUUUAUAACCGCCGACAAACGAAGAAUGACCUCAGCCUUGAUGACUUGGAACAUUACUUGUGUCUUCGAAAAGUCAGCAUGA